GUACUGUAAAAAGCAAGAAGGUAAAAAGUGAUAUUUGAAAUUUGACAUUUUUAUUUUGGCAAUGUAAAUUACAAGUUUAUUGGGUACUAUAGUUUUUUUAAAUUUAAAUUUUUGCAUUAUUUUGGUUCACUUCAUAUAAAUAAAAUAAACAUAUGAUGGCUUCUUCGGAUUCAAUGUUUUUAUUUGAGAUUGUCAUAGAAGAAAUUAAGAACUAUUUAGAUUGUAAGCAAGCUAUAGUUAAAGCUAAUUUUCCUGAAUUAUUUGAGGUAACAUUAAGUAAUCCAUAUGCUGUUAUAUCCAAAAUAUCAAAGAAGAAAACUAAACGAAAAUCUAGACUACGAAAUAAUAAAUUGGAAAUCAAAAGAUCAAAUCUAUUAUCCGACACAAGAUUACAAAGAGACGAAUCUAUAUUAGUGACCAUCAAUACUCAGGAACUAAUUAAAACUAUGCAACACAAUGAAUUGGAGUUAUCAAUGUGGAGGAGUGAAAAUAAAAAAAUUGGUUCCACAAAAAUUCCUUGGAGCACAAUAUUCAUAUACUAUUUAUUAAACUUAGAGACCAUGCUAGAGCCGGUGAGUGUUCAAGAAUUUUAUAAUAUUUACGAUGAAAUUUACUACGAAAAAGUAGCUACCAUAAAAUUGAACGUUAAACUUACUCAUUUUGGAUACACGACGCCACCAAUUGUUAAUAAUAAAUCUCAUGUCCAAAACCGUAAUAUAUGCAAAUGUACGGAGAGCAAUCUAGGCAUUAUAAAAACAACAUACCAUGGUAAUAAGAAAAUGCAAAAAAGAAAGCGCAAUAAUAACGAUAAAGUAAAGCGCAAUGUUUCACUUGACAAACUGAGUUCGGAGGUACAGAAGGAUAACAAUAAUACAAUAUGUAAUGAUGAAACGACUGAAACUGAAGCUGAAAAUCACAAUCACGCUUUUAUCCUCGCUAAAUCAAAAUCAUUUUCAUUCAUCGAAAGAAAAGCUGAUAUGAAAACUGUAAAUUACAUUUUUGGCGAUCCGAAUGCUACGUUUGGAAAUAAAGUAUACUGUGUAAACUAUUUCACGGUUGAGCAAAAUAAUUCCAACCCAGAAUCCAAAAAAUCAUCUAAAUCAUCUAUGAAAGAACACACAUCUGAAAAAUCUAGCCAUUCACAAGCAAAUAGAGCAAGAUUCAAAUUUCGACCGUGUGAUAGCGAAUGUCCAAUAAUCAAAAACAGAUCUGGCUCAUGUCCCGCUAGUAUGUGCUCACUAGAUAUGCCUGAAGAAGCAGCACCUUUAAUCAGCAUUGCGAAAUGUAGACAACUCGUUUGCGAACACAAGGAACACAGAGCUCUGCCUCCACCUCCUGAUGAAAGAAUUCUUCUAGAUUUGACAAAUUUAAACAAAGAUUGUUGUGAUCGUACAGAGGUAACUGAGACUAUAGAGGAAGUCGUAGGUGGUGUAAAAGCUAAAAUGAAAAUCGGUCAAGACCCUUGUUUUUGUACAUGCGAGUGCACGUUUGGUUUUAUGAAAAAGACCACGUAUUGCAAAGUGUGUGGUGGCUAUGAAAGAAUUGGAGAAGAGCAACCGCAUGAAAAGCCAGUAAAAGCCAAUUUUCCAUGUCCAAUAUAUCACAAGUUAAUUGAUAAAAAUAAAAUGAAAUCAUGGAGCACAUCUGGAAGUGAAAGUAAGAAAAAAGGUGACGAUACAAGCGUCAAAGCAAUGAAAGUAAGUUCAAAUCAGAAGGCUGCUGCUUCUGACAAACGAGUUGUUGAGAAGAAAAGCGUUGAAUCCGAAAAAGACACCAAGAAAUGUAAAAAGAAAAAGAAGGACGAUAGAUUUAAAUUCAACUACGGUUAUAAAGGUAUACCUCCUCAAAUUGGACACAGCAGGUGCGCAUUACCCUGUACUGGUACACUUGAAAAUGUGCCAAAGCACAUGGGAUGGUUAUGGACUGCUGAAGAUGUACCAGGCAUGAAGUUUCGUCCAUCAUGGAAACCAGGUGCUACUAAUAAACAUGUUGUAAGGCUCCUUAGAAUGGCUCGUAACCCUGGUGAAGUCACGCCUAAGAAGAGAAGAAAAGAUGCUGCUAAAAAGAAACGUCCAUUGAAUCGACCACUUUUAAUUGUUCAUAAGAAGGAUGGUGAAUUCACUGUUACAAUGGAGACUAUGAAAACAUAUAAUAAACCUAGAGCUAUUAAUCAAUAUCCGUAUGAAGAUAAGCCUGUACUAACAUAUACAAUAGGUAGGACUGAAGAAGAAAAUCGUGAAAGGAGAAAGAAGAAAGAACGUGAACAAAGACGUCUAGAAAGAGCACAGCGAGCAUUCAUUCAGAGUGCUUUCCGAGAUAUGUGUCAUGAAAUAUGUCUGAAAACAUAUCAACAAGCUUUAGGCAUACUUCCAGAUACUGAAGACCCAGAAUGUACCUGUUAUCCAGCAGAACCGACGGCUGCAAGAACCAAUAUGGAUGUCUCUUGUUCAUGUUCCGAAGAUUCGAAAUCAAUUGGGUCGGAUACGGAUUCUGAUGAAUGGAUAGUUGAAUUUACCCCGCCAUGUGCUACGUUUAAUCAAAAUCACAAGGGCAAGAAGGUCAUAAAAGUAGACAACGGCAGCCAGUACACGUAUUUAGAUUACAGAGUUAAACUUCUAGACAGAUUUGGUAAUCCUGUUCCUAGAUUCUUCAAAGGGCCUGAUGGCAAACAACAAUGUAGUGACUUAGGUGGCUUUUGGAGCCCAGAUAAGAAAUGGUUGGAAAUAAAUGUGGAUGGAUAUAUAGCUCCUGAUGGACGAUGGGCGCCAAAUAAUUUUAUUGGUCCCAGUGGUGAACAAGUCGAAGCUAUAACUGGUAAAUUUCAAACCGCAAACAAUAAAUGGUUGGUCGUUGGUAUAGACGGAUAUGUCGACUGUAAUAGUAGGUGGAGAUUUUACCCUAAACCUAGAGGCGUUUUAACUCAAAAGAAAUCACCUACUUCGAAAAAGCAGGCAACUGGUAAAGAUAUGAAAAAAGAAGAUAUGGUUCCAUUAAAAUCUGAAGCAAGUUGGAGUUGUUUCGGAGAUGCUACGCCAAAAGAUCUUUCGAAAUUAGGAAUUAUUGGCCAUGGACAUGAUAAAAAAAUACUUUUAGCAACUUUAAGAGAAAUGAUGGCUCGAGGUGAAGAUGUAAAAAUACCGCAACCAUCUACCGUUUUCCGUCUUCCUCCUUCAAAGAAACGUCGCCGAAUGCAAAGCCCAAAUAACAAAUAUUCCCGCAGCUUAUUUGAGGAUAGCACUAAAUGCAAACAUUCUGCACCAUCGGAUAAGGGUAUUAUAGCUGUAGACGAUCAAGGUAAUAAAACCUAUUUCCGAUUAAAGGGUUACAAAAACGCAAGGCCAAAACAGAGACUAGCUACUUUGGCAGGACGAGGCAUAAGUUUAAGUUCAUUCCAUGUACCAUGUUUCCAUUCAUUUAUAAGUGCAGAAGUUAUGAAAAAGCAACAGCGAGACCGAUUGAUGGCUUUGGCUUCGAGAAACAUUGCAACUCAAGUCGCUUGAUUGAAUCUAGUCUCUAGCACAUUAUGAUGUGUCCAAAGAAAUGUUUUUGAUGUAAGAUUAAUGCGUGUAGUAGUUUUUGGCGUAUUAAGUGAACGUGCAAGAAAUAUUUAUUUGGUAAUGUGCUAAGUUAAAUUUGUAACGUUUUGUUGUAAGAUUAAGUGUUGUUUAUUGGAUUGUCAAUAAAUUUCAUAUUUA